AUGGACAAAGGCAAAGCAAGGCAGCUGGAUCCGGACCAUAUUGUCAUUCCUCCGCCGGAUCGACUAGAAGACUCUCCCCUCACCUACAACCAGCUCGUCUCGGGCAUUCUCGACUUUUUAGAAGUUGCUUUCCACACCAUCCUAUGCAUGCGCUCGGUAUACCCGUACGAUGUCUUUGCACGACGCAAAAAGUACAACCACCCUUGCUACCAGUCUCGACAUCCUGGUCUGAAUGAGUACAUCUCCCGCGUCCUCACCGCCCUUCGAAGCGAAAUCGAAAGAAGCACCGUUAGCAAGGUGAUCCUCGUCAUUCGGCCCAAUGUAGCCGUCGAAACAAGCAAUGGCACCUCCGGAAGCGGGUCUUCUGGUGGAUCCGAUCUCAGUGCUUCAGACGCCUACGAACGUUUCGUCUUCAGCCUAGACUACAUCCUACCCUCAACUUUGAUAGACCCACGCGAUAGAGAUUUGGCAAUAUCGAGCAAUGUCACCAGCAACGAGCUUGAGUUGGUCUUUCGUGGUUUCAUGCAAAAACUCAUGGUGGUUGAUGGGAUACUUUACGAUAUGCCUCAGAUGCCAGGUGCAAAAGGGAAUGAUGCUGAUGGAACCUCAAACACAGAGCUCACCUUCGCCGUCGUCCUGGAGAUGGUGGACGAAGACACCUCUCCAAGCAGCAAAGACCGCAAUCAGCCAACCACAGGCGACUGGAUUCCAGCAGAUACAGAGAACAUAGGUCGCUCCCACCGCUGCAUUUCAUCACCCUCCGCAGUCGAUCCAGCACCAAAGAUCCGACCGAUCAAAACCCUCGACUCGGGCGUGAUCAACCUUAUGCUCUAUGUCGAAGAAGAUAUAUGUACCAAGUCUGGCGCUCUUUCUCGUCCUACUAAUCCGCGCAGCUCUCCGUCCAAAAGUGUUGUACGCCCGACUUCUGCCCAGCCUCGCGGCGUAGAGCAAGAGCUACUGCUAUCAAAAGCGACCCAAAUCGACAUCACAGCCGCAGGAGGUGGCAACGCACGCGAGAUCAAAAACCGAGCAAGACGUCUCGACGCUGAGAGAGACCUGGAUCAACCAGCACUAGCACAAGCGGACGCAGAACCAGACAUUGCACACGCCAAAAGCAAACGCAAACGUGCCAGGAUGGUGCUCGGUGAAACAAGAGCAGCAGAAACAGACACAGAGUCGUCCUCUUCCGCACCGAGUUCGCCAAGUGGAAGCAGUCAGAGUGUCAAAGAUGACUUCGGUGGGCAGCUUAGUGGAGGAUUCUAG